AAAUCACGUCAUAAUUUUGGAUUAACUGUUAAUUUGUGGAAGCUGAAGUCAUUUUUUGGUAUUAAACAAAAAUGGCUGAAGCUGAAGGAGGAUCGGAGCAGGAUGAUGUUUCAUUCUUGAGGACGGAAGACAUGGUGUGCCUCUCGUGCACGGCAACGGGUGAGCGCGUAUGUCUGGCCGCUGAAGGUUUUGGCAACCGUCAUUGUUUUCUGGAGAAUAUUGCCGAUAAGAAUGUGCCACCCGAUCUAUCGCAGUGCGUGUUUGUCAUCGAACAGGCAUUAUCUGUGCGUGCCCUGCAGGAAUUGGUGACAGCUGCCGGAUCAGAGACUGGCAAAGGUACGGGAUCCGGUCAUAGGACUCUGCUCUAUGGCAAUGCUAUACUGUUGCGUCACAACAACAGUGACAUGUACCUGGCUUGUCUUUCGACAUCUUCGUCCAACGACAAAUUAUCCUUCGACGUCGGCCUGCAAGAGCACAGUCAAGGUGAGGCGUGCUGGUGGACGGUGCAUCCGGCCAGCAAACAGCGUUCCGAGGGUGAGAAGGUGCGCGUGGGUGACGACUUGAUUUUAGUCUCAGUGGCAACCGAACGUUAUUUGCAUACGACCAAGGAGAACGAACAAUCAAUUGUCAAUGCCAGCUUUCAUGUGACACACUGGUCAGUGCAACCAUAUGGCACUGGCAUAUCGCGCAUGAAAUAUGUUGGCUAUGUAUUCGGUGGUGAUGUUUUACGUUUCUUCCACGGAGGCGACGAGUGUCUAACCAUACCCAGUACAUGGGGUCGUGAAGCGGGACAAAACAUUGUGGUGUACGAGGGUGGCUCAGUCAUGUCACAAGCCCGUUCAUUGUGGCGCUUGGAAUUGGCACGCACCAAAUGGACUGGUGGAUUCAUCAACUGGUUCCAUCCCAUGCGAAUUCGACACAUAACAACAGGACGCUAUUUGGGCGUCAACGACAAUAACGAAUUAAUUUUGGUCAAAAAAGAAGAAGCAUCCAUUGCGACAACGACUUUCUGUCUUCGACAGGAAAAGGACGACGAGAAAAAAGUACUCGAAGAUAAAGAUUUAGAAGUGAUCGGCUCACCGAUUAUCAAAUACGGCGAUACGACCGUCAUUGUACAGCACUGUGAGACCAGCCUGUGGCUCAGUUACAAGAGCUACGAGACCAAGAAGAAGGGUGUCGGCAAGGUCGAGGAGAAGCAAGCCAUUCUGCACGAAGAAGGCAAAAUGGAUGAUUGCCUUGAUUUCUCGCGCUCUCAAGAGGAAGAAUCAAAAACUGCCCGUGUUAUUCGCAAAUGCAGCAGUCUCUUUACACAAUUUAUUAAUGCUUUGGAAACUUUACAAUCCAAUCGCCGUCAUUCUAUCUUUUUCCAAAAAGUUAAUCUCAACGAAAUGGUAAUGUGCCUUGAAGAUUUGAUCAACUAUUUCUCUCAACCGCCAGAUGAUAUGGAACACGAGGAGAAACAGAAUCGUUUUCGUGCCUUGCGCAAUCGUCAAGAUCUCUUCCAAGAGGAGGGUGUUUUGAAUCUUAUUCUCGAAGCCAUUGAUAAAAUCAAUAUCAUCACUUCGCAGGGCUUUUUGGCCAGUUUCUUGGCCGGUGAUGAAAUGGGUCAAAGUUGGGACCUGAUCUCUACAUAUCUUUAUCAGCUAUUGGCUGCCAUUAUCCAGGGCAAUCACACAAAUUGCGCCCAGUUCGCCAAUAGCAACCGCCUGAAUUGGCUGUUCUCCCGUCUGGGUUCUCAGGCCUCAAGUGAGGGUUCGGGUAUGUUGGAUGUAUUGCACUGCGUCCUGAUUGAUUCCCCCGAAGCCUUGAAUAUGAUGAGAGACGAACACAUCAAAGUAAUCAUUUCACUCUUGGAAAAACACGGCCGAGACCCAAAAGUUUUGGAUGUUCUCUGUUCGUUGUGUGUAGGUAACGGUGUGGCCGUGCGUUCUUCGCAGAACAAUAUUUGUGAUUUCUUGCUGCCUGGGAAAAAUCUCCUCCUGCAAACACAGCUGGUAGAUCAUGUGGCCAGUAUUCGUCCAAAUAUUUUUGUGGGACGAGUAGAGAAUUCCGCCAUGUACCAGAGGUGGUAUUUUGAAGUGACCAUGGAUCACAUAGAACAGACCACUCAUAUGAUGCCACACUUGCGUAUUGGUUGGGCCAAUACUGCCGGCUACGUCCCUUAUCCAGGUGGUGGCAAAAAAUGGGGUGGCAAUGGCGUGGGCGAUGAUUUGUAUUCAUUUGGAUUUGACGGUGCUUACUUGUGGACAGGUGGUCGGAAAUCUCUUGUCACCGAUAUAAUACCCGAGGAACCAUAUAUUCGCAAAGGUGACGUAAUCGGAGUUACCAUUGACUUAUCUGUCCCCAUUAUCACCUUUACAUUCAAUGGGCUGAAGGUUAAGGGCUGUUUCCGAGACUUUAAUCUCGAUGGCAUGUUCUUCCCAGUCAUGAGUUGUUCCUCCAAAUUAAGUUGCCGUUUCCUAUUCGGUGGCGAUCAUGGUCGCUUGAAAUUCGCACCACCCCCAGGAUUUUCACCUCUCGUACAAUGCCUUAUGCCUCAUCAAAUUCUGAGCUUAGAUCCAUGUUUCUACUUUGGAAAUUUGAACAAAAAUGUUUUGGCUGGACCCUGGAUGAUAGAGGACGAUACCGCCUUUGUCCCUAAUCCCGUGGACACAUCAGGUGUCACACUCCCCUCUUCCGUAGAUCAAAUUAAGGAAAAGUUGGCCGAAAAUAUCCAUGAAAUGUGGGCUUUGAACAAAAUUGAAGCUGGCUGGUCGUGGGGUGAACAUCGCGAUGACUAUCAUCGCAUCCAUCCCUGUUUAACACAGUUUGAGAAGUUGCCACCGGCUGAGAAGCGGUAUGACAACCAAUUAGCAGUGCAAACACUGAAAACCAUAAUUGCCUUGGGCUAUUAUAUUACAAUGGAUAAGCCUCCGGCACGUAUUAGACCCAUACGCCUGCCCAAUGAAAUAUUUAUGCAAGCCAAUGGCUAUAAACCCGCUCCCUUGGACCUAAGUGCCGUUACGCUAACACCCAAACUAGAAGAACUUGUGGAUCAGUUGGCUGAAAAUACACACAACCUCUGGGCCAGAGAACGCAUUCAACAGGGCUGGACAUAUGGCCUUAACGAAGACUCGGAAAACUUACGUAGUCCCCAUUUGGUUCCCUACUCCAAAGUAGACGAAGCCAUUAAGAAAGCCAAUCGUGAUACUGCAUCGGAGACUGUGCGCACACUUUUGGUGUAUGGUUAUGUUUUGGAUCCACCUACCGGCGAGGGCAAUGAGGCCCUUUUAGCUGAAGCUUUGCGUUUGAAGUUUGCCGCCUUCAGGACAUAUCGUGUAGAGCGUAAUUAUGCCGUCACAUCGGGUAAAUGGUAUUUUGAAUUUGAGGUUCUCACUUCUGGACCGAUGCGUGUUGGUUGGGCCAGGGCUGAUUGCAAUCCCGGUGCAAUGUUGGGCAGCGAAGACACAAGUUGGGCAUUUGAUGGUCAUAAUGAAGAGAAGGUUUUUGGCGGCGUAAGUGAAUCAUUUGGUAAACAGUGCGGCCCCGGUGAUAUAGUUGGUGUCUUCUUAGAUCUUGCCGAUCACACAAUCAGUUUCUCUUUGAACGGCGAGCUGCUGAUGGACGCUCUGGGCGGUGAAACCACUUUUGCCGAUGUCACAGCGGAGGGAGUCGGAUUUGUACCGGCCUGUACUUUGGGUGUAGGUCAAAAAGCUCGUUUGAUCUAUGGUCAAGAUGUCGACUCUCUAAAGUUCUUUACCACAUGUGGCUUACAAGAGGGCUACGAACCAUUCUGUGUGAAUAUGCGUCGACCAGUAACGCAUUGGUAUACCAAAGAUCAACCGAUUUUCGAAAAUACCGAAGAAAUGCCCGAUUGUCGCAUUGAUGUCACUCGUAUUCCGGGCGGAUCUGAUACACCACCACACCUCAAAAUCUCUCACAACACCUUUGAGACCAUGGAGAAAGCCAAUUGGGAAUUCUUGCGUCUCUCGCUUCCUGUUACAUGUAUGGGCGAGUUCAUAAGUGAAGCAGAAAAGGCCAGACGAUGGGAGGAAAUCAAAAUGCGCCAAUACCGCCUGAUGCGCGAGGCACAAGAAAUUGCCCAACAACAGACUUCGGCCCAUAUGGAUCACAUGCUGAAGAGUGGUUUCUCCAUGAACGACAUCAAGGGUUUAAAUCGCAACUACGAGGACACGGCAGAAGCCGACGAGAACAUGGGUAGGAGUCCAGCCAGGCCACCACGCCGAGCAUCGAUGACGCGUAACAUUACAUUCGAAUCGGAUUUGAGUGCACCAGAGGAACUGCAACGAUCCACGUCUGCGCUCGACAUGAAUGGUUUUGAAGACGGCGGCGCUAUGGACGAUAAGAAAAAGCGUGGUCGUAGUCCGUUUAAGUUCUUCUCGAAAAAGUCACGCGAUCAAAGCAAGGAAAAGCUACCAGGCAGGGCGCCAGAAGUAAGUCCAGACAGGCGCUCUGCUAUGACACAAGGUCGCAACGUUGUGGCCUCCCAACUAACCGCGAAAGCACCAUCUUUGCGUUUGAAUAAUACGGAGAUGCCCCAAACUCCUACUCAGGGACCAAAAGCAAUGAGUGGCGGCAACUUGGGCCAACCCGUUGUUGAAUCGUCAGGCGACGAAAUGUUUGAUGCCGAGUGCCUGAAAUUGAUAAACGAAUACUUUUAUGGUGUUCGAAUUUUCCCUGGCCAAGAUCCUACCCACGUCUAUGUGGGAUGGGUAACAACACAAUAUCAUUUACAUAGCAAGGAGUUCAAUAAAGACAAGGUUCGUCGUGCUUCGGUCAUCAUUGAGGAUGACUAUGAGAUGCCUAUUGAACGCAUCAAUCGUCAAAGUUGUUAUGUGGUUCGCGCCGACGAGCUGUUCAACGAAGUUACACAGGAUGCCUCCGGUAAGGGAGCAUCACAGGGCAUGUUCGUUGGUUGUUUCGUAGACACCGCCACCGGCAUCAUCAGUUUCACAUGUGAAGGCAAACAGACGUCUCAUCGUUGGCAAAUGGAGCCAAAUACCAAACUCUUCCCCGCAAUUUUCGUGGAGGCGACCAGUAAAGAAAUUCUGCAAAUUGAAUUGGGUCGAACAGCCACCACCCUGCCACUCUCUGCUGCUGUACUGCCCACCAGUGAUAAACAUAUCACUCCCCAAUCUCCACCUCGUCUGAAAGUACAAUGUUUGCGACCCCAUCAGUGGGCUCGCGUGCCGAACACAGCCCUUCAAGUCCAUGCUCUUAAACUUUCCGAUAUCCGUGGUUGGUCCAUGCUGUGUGAAGACCCCGUUUCUAUGUUGGCUCUUCACAUUCCCGAGGAGGAUCGAUGCAUUGAUAUUUUGGAACUGAUCGAAAUGGACAAGUUAUUGUCCUUCCAUGCCCAUACACUGACCCUGUAUGCCGCCCUGUGCUAUCAGUCCAAUUAUAGAGCUGCCCAUGCUCUGUGCCAGCAUGUCGAUCAAAAGCAACUGCUAUAUGCCAUACGUUCGGAAUACAUGAGCGGACCCCUGCGUCAGGGUUUCUACGACCUGCUGAUCGCACUGCAUUUAGAAUCACACGCGACCACAAUGGAGGCCUGCAAAAUGGAGUAUAUCAUUCCAUUGGGUCCAGAAUUGAAAUUCCUAUACGACGACGAAGAAAUGCGUCAUUCGCUACGGUCGCUGGUUACCGAAUCGGUUCGUCCGCAAAUGCGAAUGACGGAAAUAACUCCUAUAAGUAUCCAAACAAAUGCUUCCAGUGAACCAAUACCAGACAUCGAUCACCUGUACUCCCCGAAAUUCCCCCUAGAAGUAGUGCGUGAAUUUGUUAUGGAAGCUUUGAAGGAGGCAGUGGAAAUAAACCAGGUGCACAACAGAGAUCCAAUUGGAUGGACCAAUGAGAAUCUAUUCCUGCCACUAUUGAAGCUUACAGAUCGUCUGUUCCUGGUCGGUGUUAUGACCGAUGAGGAUGUUCAGAAACUGUUGGUCAUGAUUGAUCCGGAGACAUGGGAUCCAACAUUUGAAAAAGAUGGAAAAGAUGAACACCGCAAAGGUUUGCUCACAAUGAAAAUGGCCGAAGGUGCCAAGCUGCAGAUGUGCUAUCUGCUCCACCAUCUCUAUGACAUUCAGCUGAGACAUCGCGUGGAAAGCAUAAUUGCAUUCUCACAUGACUUUGUGGGUGAUCUGCAAGCAGAUCAGCUGCGUCGAUACAUUGAAAUCAAACAAUCUGACCUUCCAAGUGCUGUAGCAGCCAAAAAGACAAAAGAGUUCCGUUGUCCGCCUAGAGAACAAAUGAACCAAAUCCUAUGCUUUAAGAAUUUAGAGCCAGACGACCAUGAAAAUUGCACUUGCGGUCUGGAGUUGCGCGGAAGUUUGUACGACUUUCAUGACAGUCUAAUGAAGAAGGUGUCUUUGAAUGCUUUACAGGAGCCCGACGAAGCGGAGAGCACUGCGGUCGAAGAAGUGAAGACGGGACCAAUCACAAAGAUAUACAACUUUAUUAACACGGUGAAGGAACUUGAAGAGGGUCCCAAAGAAGUUGAGGAACCCGAGAAGAAAACUCCUGAAGAAGUGUUCCGCAAAGUUUUGAUAAAGACCAUUGUUAGUUGGGCAGAGGAAUCACAAAUCGAAAACCCCAAAUUGGUCCGUGAAAUGUUCAGCCUACUAGUGAGGCAGUACGACACGGUGGGAGAAUUGGUGAGAGCUCUUGAAAAAACGUACGUAAUCAAUAACAAGGCCCGCGAAGAUGUUGCUGAAAUGUGGGUUGGUUUGAGCCAAAUCCGUGCGUUGCUUCCCGUCCAGAUGAGCCAGGAAGAGGAGGAGUUGAUGCGGAAGCGAUUGUGGAAAUUAGUCAACAAUGCUACAUUCUUCCAACAUCCAGAUUUGAUACGCAUUCUGCGCAUCCACGAGAAUGUAAUGGCUGUUAUGAUGAACACUCUUGGGAGACGAGCUCAGGCGCAAAGUGAUGCCCCAGCCCAACAGGAGGGAAUGGAGGGAGCCCCACCCAAGGAGAAGGAUACUUCACACGAGAUGGUGGUGGCUUGCUGUCGUUUCCUCUGCUACUUCUGCCGAACUGGACGACAGAAUCAAAAAGCCAUGUUCGAUCACUUUGACUUUUUGUUGGACAACGCCAAUAUUCUGUUAGCGAGACCCAGUUUACGCGGAUCCACUCCUCUAGACGUGGCAUACUCGAGUUUGAUGGAGAACACAGAAUUAGCUCUGGCCUUACGAGAACACUACUUGGAAAAGAUCGCAGUCUAUUUGUCGCGAUGCGGUCUGCAGAGCAACUCUGAAUUGGUUGAAAAGGGAUAUCCCGACUUAGGUUGGGAUCCCGUUGAAGGCGAACGCUAUUUGGACUUCCUACGCUAUUGCGUAUGGGUAAAUGGUGAAAGUGUCGAAGAGAAUGCCAACCUUGUCAUUCGCCUUCUUAUCCGUCGUCCAGAAUGUUUAGGGCCGGCUCUAAGAGGAGAAGGGGAAGGUCUGUUCCGAGCCAUUGUUGAGGCCAACCGUAUGUCAGAACGCAUCUCAGAUCGGUGCAAAAUGCAAGACGAAGCUGAGGGCACCAUUGCCGGCCUUAACUUCUCACAUCCCCUGCCGGAGGGCGAUGAGGACGAAGAUUACAUCGACACCGGUGCCGCUAUUUUGAACUUCUACUGCACACUGGUCGAUCUUCUCGGCAGAUGUGCGCCCGAUGCUUCCGUUAUUGAACAAGGCAAAAACGAAUCACUGCGUGCUAGAGCUAUUUUGAGAUCUCUUGUGCCACUGGAGGAUCUUCAGGGAGUCCUCAGCUUGAAGUUCACACUCACCCAAACUGCUCCGGGAGAGGAAAAGCCUAAGUCCGACAUGCCAUCCGGCCUAUUGCCGAAUAACAAGCAAAGUAUCGUUCUGUUCUUAGAACGCGUAUACGGCAUUGAAACGCAGGAGCUCUUCUAUCGCUUGUUAGAAGAUGCCUUCCUGCCCGACCUCCGAACUGCCACUAUUCUCGACAAGAGUGAUGGUUCCGAAAGCGACAUGGCCCUUUCGAUGAAUCGAUAUAUCGGCAAUUCCAUUUUGCCCCUGCUCAUCAAACAUUCUAAGUUCUACAAUGAGGCAGAGAACUAUGCCAGUCUAUUAGAUGCAACAUUGCACACGGUCUAUAGAUUGUCUAAGAACCGUAUGCUCACAAAGGGCCAGAGAGAGGCUGUAUCCGACUUUUUGGUGGCACUGACAUCGCAAAUGCAACCUGCAAUGUUGUUGAAACUUUUACGCAAGUUGACGGUCGAUGUCUCAAAACUGUCCGAGUACACGACUGUGGCUUUGAGGCUCCUUACAUUGCACUUCGAUCGCUGCGCCAAAUACUACGGCUCCAGUCAAGGCCAAGGAUCCUACGGAGCAGCGUCUGACGAAGAAAAGCGUCUUACUAUGCUCUUGUUCUCUAACAUUUUUGACUCACUCAGCAACAUGGACUACGACCCAGAAUUGUUUGGCAAGGCCCUGCCAUGUUUGAUUGCAAUUGGUUGUGCUUUGCCACCGGACUACAGUUUGUCAAAGAACUCGGACGAAGACUAUUACGGUCGUCAGUGUGGUGCUCCCGAUCAGCCGCAAUAUGAUCCUAACCCCAUCGAGACCUCCAAUGUCAAUUUGACACAUGACUACAACUCGCUGGUGGAAAAGUUCAGCGAACACUACCACGACGCAUGGGCUAGUCGUCGUUUAGAAAGUGGUUGGACCUACGGUGAAGUGCGAUCGGACACGGACCGUAAACACCCUAGGCUCAAGCCAUGCAGCAUGCUCACAGAAUAUGAACGUGAACGUUAUAGGGAUCCAGUCAGAGAAUGUCUCAAGGCCUUGCUAGCUCUCGGAUGGACGAUUGAACACUCAGAAAUUGAAGUUAAUCAAAAUAAUCGAGGUUCAACUAGGCGUCAAUCCAAGCCGCAAAUUAAUGACUUCCAGAAUGAGGGCAGUCCAUUCAAUUACAAUCCACACCCGGUAGACAUGACCAAUCUGACGCUCAGCAGAGAAAUGCAGAAUAUGGCUGAACGCUUGGCUGAGAAUUCCCAUGAUAUUUGGGCCAAAAAGAAGAAAGAGGAGCUCAACUCAUGUGGUGGUGUUAUUCAUCCUCAACUUGUACCAUAUGACUUGCUGACGGACAAGGAGAAACGCAAGGACCGCGAGAGAUCUCAGGAGUUCUUGAAAUACAUGCAAUACCAGGGCUACAAGCUGCACAAACCAUCCAAGGGUGGAGCUUUGGAGGGCGAAGGAGGUGCUACACAGGCUUCAGCUGAAUUAAGGUUCUCUUACUCUUUGUUGGAGAAAUUGAUCCAAUACUUGGAUCGUGCAACUAUCAACAUGAAAUUGCUGAAACCAUCGACCACGUUCAGCAGGCGCAGCUCAUUCAAGACUGCGUCUCGCGAUAUUAAAUUCUUUUCGAAGGUGGUGCUGCCUCUGAUGGAGAAAUACUUCUCCACGCAUCGCAAUUAUUUCAUUGCUGUGGCCACAGCUACCAACAAUGUGGGUGCAGCCUCGUUGAAGGAAAAGGAAAUGGUGGCAGCCAUCUUCUGCAAAUUGGCAUCAUUGUUGCGAAACCGAUUGACUGCGUUUGGUCCCGAUGUGCGUAUAACUGUCCGUUGCCUCCAAGUUCUGGUAAAGGGCAUCGAUGCCCGCACACUAGUUAAGAACUGCCCCGAAUUCAUUCGAACUUCAAUGCUUACGUUCUUCAACCAAACUGCCGAUGACUUGGGCAACACCAUUCUUAAUCUACAGGAUGGCAAAUACAGUCACUUGAGAGGAACGCACCUGAAGACAUCCACCUCGCUGGGCUACAUUAAUCAGGUGGUAAUGCCCGUUUUGACAGCCAUGUUCGAUCAUUUAGCCGCCUGUGACUAUGGCAGUGACUUGCUUUUGGACGAAAUCCAAGUAGCAUCAUACAAGAUUUUGGCCGCUCUGUAUCACUUGGGAACCGAUGGCUCUCUGACGCAGGAUCGAAAAUAUUUAAAAACGGAAAUUGAAAGGCAUCGUCCAGCAUUGGGUUCGUGCCUGGGUGCAUUCAGUUCUUGCUUCCCGGUUGCAUUCUUUGAGCCCCAUCUGAACAAACACAAUCAGUUCUCCCUGCUCAAUCGCAUUGCCGAUCAUUCCCUGGAGGCCCAAGAUAUCAUGGUCAAAAUGGAGAGUUGCAUGCCUAAUUUAGAAACGGUUUUGGGUGAAGUUGACCAGUUUGUGGAAUCGGACAAGACCUAUCACGACGCACCACAUGUCAUUGAUGUCAUCUUGCCACUUCUGUGUUCUUAUCUGCCAUUCUGGUGGUCCCAAGGGCCCGACAAUGUUAGUCCCACUAGUGGAAACCACGUCACAAUGGUGACAGCCGACCACAUGAAUUCCUUGCUACGCAAUGUCCUUAAGAUGAUCAAGAAGAACAUUGGCAACGAUAAUGCCCCCUGGAUGACCAGAAUCGCUGCUUACACACAACAAAUUAUCAUCAAUACAUCGGAAGAGCUGCUCAAGGAUCCCUUCCUGCCCUUGGCCGAGCGAGUGAAGAAACGUACCGAGAACAUGUUCCACAAGGAGGAGAGCAUGCGUGGUUUCAUCAAAUCCGCUACAGACGAUACCUCCCAGGUCGAAACGCAGUUGCAAGAGGAUUGGAAUCUGCUUGUACGCGACAUCUAUUCAUUCUACCCACUGUUGAUCAAAUAUGUCGAUUUGCAACGUAAUCAUUGGCUAAAGGACAAUAUACCCGAAGCCGAAGAACUGUACAACCAUGUAGCGGAAAUCUUUAAUAUUUGGUCCAAGAGUCAAUACUUCCUCAAGGAGGAACAAAACUUUAUUUCGGCCAAUGAAAUUGACAACAUGGCUUUGAUUAUGCCCACGGCAACUAGGCGAUCGGCGAUUACCGAAGGUGCCCCAGUCACCGGAGGAAAAGUGAAAAAGAAGAAGAAAAACCGUGACAAGAAACGCGACAAGGACAAAGAGAUCCAAGCUAGUCUCAUGGUAGCCUGUCUUAAACGUCUUCUCCCAGUCGGCCUUAAUCUGUUUGCUGGCCGCGAACAGGAGUUGGUGCAGCAUUGCAAGGACCGCUACUUGAAGAAAAUGCCCGAAUAUGAUGUAAUCGAGUUUGCGCAUAUUCAGUUGACGCUACCCGAUAAAUUGGAUCCAUCGGAUGAAAUGUCGUGGCAGCAUUAUUUGUAUUCCAAACUUGGCAAGAAAGAGGAAUCCACUGAGGAGCAGACUGCCGUCGAGAAGGCGGCCAACCAAAACGACAAGGGCCGAGACAAGACCCAAGAAACUGUGGAUCGCAUUGUCGCCAUGGCGAAGGUUUUAUAUGGUCUACACAUGGCGUCACGCUCUAAGCAAAAAUCUAAAACUCGGACUUCGAAAAUCACUUUGGCCCGGCGCCAAGCGGUCAUGUCCAGCUUGCGCUCCAUCCAUCUCUAUCGCAUUAGCAGGCAUCGGGCUUGUAAUAUUUUUGCCCGCACUUAUUACGAACAGUGGCUACAGGAGGAGAACGUAGGCCAAGAAGUGAUGAUUGAGGAUCUGACCCAAACCUUUGAAGAUUUCGAAAAAUCCAAGAAAGAUGAGGAUGAAACGGAAGCCAAACCGGAUCCACUAACUCAGUUGGUAACUACGUUCUGUCGUGGUGCCAUGACUGAAAGAAGUGGCGCUUUGCAGGAAGAUCCUCUGUAUAUGUCGUAUGCUCAAAUAGCAGCAAAAUCCUGUGGCGAAGAAGAAGAGGAGGGCGGUGACGAAGAGGGCGGCGAAGAAGAGGGCGAAGGCACCAGUAUUCAUGAACAAGAAAUGGAAAAACAAAAACUGCUCUUCCAUCAAACGCGCCUGUCAAAUCGUGGUGUAGCUGAAAUGGUUCUGCUACACAUAUCAGCGUCCAAAGGCAUACCUUCGGAAAUGGUUAUGACAACACUCAACCUGGGCAUUUCGAUAUUGCGCGGCGGUAACAUUGACAUUCAAAUGGGGAUGUUAAAUCAUCUAAAGGAGAAGAAGGAUGUCGGCUUCUUUACUUCGAUUGCCGGUUUGAUGAAUUCGUGUAGUGUUUUGGACUUGGAUGCAUUUGAAAGAAACACCAAAGCUGAAGAAUACAUUCCAAGUGCGGGUGCAGGUCUUGGUGUCGGCUCGGAGGGUGCUGCUGGCGAGAAAAAUAUGCAUGAUGCCGAAUUUACGUGUGCGCUCUUCCGUUUCAUUCAGCUGACGUGCGAAGGCCACAACUUGGAAUGGCAGAACUAUUUGCGCACACAGGCUGGCAACACGACAACUGUAAAUGUGGUUAUCUGUACGGUCGAUUAUCUGCUGCGUCUCCAAGAAUCAAUCAUGGACUUCUAUUGGCAUUAUUCGAGCAAGGAAAUUAUUGACCCUGCAGGCAAGGCGAACUUUUUCAAGGCGAUUGGAGUGGCAAGCCAGGUUUUCAACACGCUCACUGAAGUCAUUCAGGGCCCUUGCACCCUCAAUCAGCAGGCGUUGGCCCACUCAAGAUUGUGGGAUGCUGUUGGCGGUUUCCUCUUCCUGUUCUCGCAUAUGCAGGAGAAAUUGUCGAAGCACUCCAGUCAGGUGGAUCUGUUGAAGGAACUCCUGAAUCUGCAAAAGGACAUGAUAACAAUGAUGCUCUCUAUGUUGGAAGGCAAUGUUGUAAACGGUACAAUUGGUAAACAGAUGGUGGACACUUUGGUGGAAUCAGCUGGCAACGUUGAAUUGAUCUUGAAGUAUUUCGAUAUGUUCUUGAAAUUGAAGGAUUUGAUUGAAUCCCCCAGUUUCAUGGAAAUCGACAUCAAGAACGAAGGCUGGGUCACACCGAAAGACUUCCGCGAUAAAAUGGAACAAUCGAAGAAUUACACACCUGAGGAGAUCGACUUCCUACUGGCUUGCUGUGAGCGCAAUCACGAGGGAAAAAUUGACUAUGCCGGUUUCGUUGAUCGUUUCCAUGAACCCUCUAAAGAAAUCGGCUUUAAUUUGGCUGUUCUAUUGACAAACUUAAGUGAGCACAUGCCCAACGAACCGCGUUUGGCUCGUUUCCUGGAAACUGCUGGGUCGGUAUUGAACUAUUUCGAACCCUUCUUGGGCCGUAUAGAAAUCCUUGGCAGCUCCAAGAGAAUCGAGCGUGUCUACUUCGAGAUUAAGGACUCCAACAUCGAACAAUGGGAGAAACCCCAGAUUAGGGAAUCAAAACGCGCUUUCUUCUAUUCUAUUGUCACUGAAGGCGGCGACAAAGAGAAGCUCGAAGCAUUCGUCAAUUUCUGCGAGGAUGCCAUUUUUGAAAUGACACACGCUUCUGGCCUGAUGGCAACGGAUGAUGGCGGCGGUAACGUGAAACGUGAUACAUCGUACAGUUCAUACAUGAGCGAGGAAGAAGAGGAACGUGCUGCUCGCGAUCCAAUCCGACGAACAAUAAAUGCUGUUAAAGAUGGCUUGAAGUUCGGUGUUCACAUGUUAAGCCCCUCGAACAUUAAACACCAGAUCGGUGUGAUGCAAACGAAAACCGUGCCGGAAUUGAUCAUUGGAUUCUUCAAGAUUAUUUUCUAUAUGUUCUACUACACGGGAUAUGCCCACUUUGCGGUGGUUCGUUACAUCUUCGGCAUACUUAUGAACUUGAUGCGCGGUCCAGCUCCCGAGGAAGUCGAAGAGGCUCCAGUUGAAGAAGAGACAUUUGGAAGAGCGCUACCACCGUUGCCCAUCGAAGAACCGCCAGGCACAGUGCAAGCAUUUGGUCUAGAUAUUAAUAAGGAAGAAAACGGUCAAUACAAGGUAACGGUACACGAAUCGUCGGGCGGCAGUCCAACAUCAUCAAUGGAAGAAACUGGUGAAUCGAGUCCAGAAGAUGGCGGUCCAACUGCGGAAGCGGCUGUUGAAGGCGAGACUCACCAUCCGGAACCUGUAUCGAUCGUCGAUCUACUAGGUGGAGAAGCUGCCAAGAAAGCUGCUCAAGAACGCCAAGAAGCCCAAAAGGCCCAAGAAGCAGCAAUGGCCUCCAUCGAAGCUGAAGCCAAAAAGUCAUCCAGUGCUCCCCAGGAAACCCCAGCUGUUAAUCAAAUUGACUUCUCGCAAUACACACAUCGUGCUGUCAGUUUCUUGGCCCGUAACUUCUACAAUUUGAAAUAUGUCGCUUUGGUCUUGGCCUUCAGCAUCAAUUUCAUGCUGCUCUUCUACAAGGUCACAUCAUUGACGGACGAUGAAGAGUCUUCGGGCGACGAUGUUUUGAUUUUAGGCUCUGGUUCAGGUGCAGGUUUGGCAGGCUCAGGCAUGGGUUCUGGCGAUGGAUCGGGUGAUGGCGAAGGCGAGGAAGAUGAAAUACCGGAAAUGGUGCACGUGGACGAAGACUUCUUCUACAUGGAGCAUGUCAUACGGAUAGCAGCACUGAUGCACAGUUUGGUGUCAUUGGCCAUGUUGAUCGCCUACUACCAUCUCAAGGUCCCCUUGGCCAUAUUCAAGCGCGAAAAGGAGAUUGCUAGACGUUUGGAAUUCGAUGGUCUCUUUAUUGCCGAGCAGCCGGAGGAUGAUGACUUUAAAUCUCACUGGGACAAACUGGUGAUUUCGGCAAAGUCCUUCCCCGUCAACUAUUGGGAUAAGUUCAUCAAGAAGAAGGUACGUCAAAAGUACAGCGAAACAUUUGACUUUGACAACAUUUCCAAUCUGCUGGGUAUGGAAAAGAGUUCCUUCGUGGCACAAGAAAGUGAAGAGGGCGGCUUAAUAAAGUACAUAACAAAUAUCGAUUGGCGGUAUCAAGUUUGGAAAGCUGGUGUUACAUUUACCGAUAACGCCUUCCUCUACUCGCUAUGGUACUUCUCUUUCUCUGUGAUGGGAAACUUCAACAACUUCUUCUUUGCCGCCCACUUGUUGGAUGUUGCAGUUGGCUUCAAAACUCUACGAACCAUCUUGCAGUCUGUAACGCAUAACGGCAAACAACUGGUGCUCACGGUCAUGUUGCUGACAAUUAUCGUGUACAUCUACACUGUCAUUGCUUUCAACUUCUUCCGCAAGUUCUACAUUCAGGAAGAGGACGAAGAGGUGGACAAGAAGUGUCACGACAUGUUGACAUGUUUCGUCUUCCAUUUGUACAAGGGUGUAAGAGCAGGUGGUGGUAUAGGUGACGAAAUCGGCGAUCCUGUCGGCGACGAGUACGAAGUGUACCGCAUCAUCUUCGACAUAACCUUCUUCUUCUUCGUCAUUGUUAUUCUCUUGGCCAUUAUUCAAGGUUUGAUUAUCGACGCCUUUGGUGAGCUUCGUGAUCAGCUGGAAUCGGUGAAGGAGAACAUGGAAUCAAAUUGCUUCAUCUGUGGCAUGGGCAAAGACUUCUUCGAUAUAGUGCCGCAUGGCUUCGAUACGCACGUCCAGAAGGAACACAAUCUGGCGAACUACAUGUUCUUCCUUAUGCAUUUGAUUAACAAGCCCGACACCGAGUACACCGGUCAGGAAACCUAUGUCUGGAACAUGUAUCAGCAACGAAGCUGGGACUUCUUCCCAGUCGGUGACUGUUUCCGCAAGCAAUAUGAAGACGAACUAUCUGGCGGUGGUGGCGGCGGUUAAUAUGUCGCAGCGAUGCGAAC